CAGGGAUAAAAAUUAGAUUGACAACUGACUGCCGGCAGCGUGAUUGCCGAUUGCCAUUUUGAUAGUAGUUUGAAGGUUGGAAUGAAUGUGAUUUUAAAAAAUAAUUUUGAUUAAGUAAUAAAUUAGUAAAGCAAAGACAUCAAAAAUGAUUCGUAUAAAUAGCAAUAUAUUAAAAAAUAUUUCAAGAUUAUUAAAGAACAACCCCAAAUGUAUGUCCACUUACGAAAAAUAUGCAGAACACAAAGAUAUUACAAAAAUUAGAAAUAUUGGAAUAUCUGCUCACAUUGAUUCUGGAAAAACAACCUUAACAGAAAGAAUACUUUAUUACACUGGACGAAUCGAAUCUAUGCAUGAAGUUAAAGGUAAAGAUAAUGUUGGUGCUACUAUGGACUCUAUGGAAUUAGAAAGACAAAGAGGUAUUACUAUUCAGUCAGCUGCUACAUACACAUUAUGGAAAGAACAUAAUAUUAAUAUAAUUGAUACUCCUGGACAUGUAGACUUCACUGUAGAAGUAGAGAGAGCUUUAAGAGUAUUAGAUGGAGCUAUUCUUGUGCUCUGUGCUGUUGGAGGUGUACAAAGUCAAUCUUUAACAGUAAACAGACAAAUGAAGAGAUAUAAUGUUCCAUGUUUAGCAUUUAUUAACAAACUCGAUAGAUUAGGAGCUAAUCCAAAGAGAGUACUAUCACAAAUGAGAUCCAAAAUGAAUCAUCAUGCAGCUUUUGUACAAUUGCCUAUUGGUGUUGAAUCAAAUUGUAAAGGUAUUAUUGAUCUGGUAGACCAAAAGUCAAUUUAUUUUGAUGGUAGCUUUGGUGAUCAACUUCGUUAUGAUGAAAUCCCUAAGGAAAUGAGAACAGAAAGUGACGAAAAAAGACAUGAACUGAUAGAACACCUUUCUAACUGUGACGAGCAUUUUGGAGAAUUGUACAUUGAAGAAAAACCAAUAACAGAGGCUGAUAUAAAGGCAGCCAUUAGAAGAUCUUGCCUUAAAAGAGCUUUUACUCCUGUCUUUGUGGGAACAGCCCUGAAAAACAAAGGGGUUCAACCAUUGUUGGAUGGAGUCUUAGAUUAUCUACCUCAUCCUGGUGAAGUUAGUAACUAUGCUCUAAAAGAAAAGGAAGGGGAAGAUGCUCAAAAAAUUGUAUUGGAUCCUUCAAGAGAUGGGAAAAAGCCUUUUGUGUCAUUGGCAUUUAAGUUGGAAGCUGGGAGGUUUGGCCAAUUAACAUAUAUGAGAUGUUAUCAGGGAAAACUUCAAAAAGGAGAUAGCAUCUACAACAUGAGAACUCAAAGAAAAGUAAGAAUUGCUCGACUCAUUCGUUUACAUUCAAAUAACAUGGAAGAUGUUAAUGAAGUUUAUGCUGGAGAUAUAUUUGCCUUAUUUGGAGUAGACUGUGCUAGUGGAGAUACAUUUGUAACUGACCCUAAAUUAGAUCUAUCUCUAGAAUCAAUAUUUGUACCAGAACCUGUUGUAUCUAUGGCAAUUAAACCUGUAAACUCAAAGGACAGAGAUAACUUCUCAAAAGCUGUUGCUAGGUUUACCAAAGAAGAUCCAACUUUCCAUUUUUACUAUGAUGAUGACAGCAAAGAGACAAUUGUAUCCGGUAUGGGUGAACUUCACUUGGAAAUUUAUGCCCAGAGGAUGGAGAGGGAAUAUAAUUGUCCAGUGUCGAUAGGAAAACCAAAAGUUGCCUUUAGAGAAACGUUAGUCUCACCUUGUGAGUUUGACUAUCUUCACAAAAAGCAAUCUGGUGGUCAAGGACAGUAUGCUCGAGUUACAGGGGUUCUAGAACCUCUACCACCUCACAGAAAUACUCUUCUGGAAUUUACUGAUGAAACAGUAGGUACUAAUGUUCCAAAACAAUUUGUACCUGGUGUUAAAAGAGGUUACUUGGAAAUGGCACAAAAAGGAUUGCUUGCAGGCCAGAAACUGUCAGGGUUAAAGUUUAGACUCAUAGAUGGUGCUCAUCAUAUGGUGGACUCAAGUGAACAUUCUUUCUUCCUGGCAGCUCAAGGUGCCAUUAGAGAUACAUUUGAGAAUGGCGUCUGGCACGUCCUUGAACCAAUCAUGGCUGUUGAAGUAACGGCUCCAGAUGAAUUCCAAGGGGCAGUCAUAGCUCAAAUAAACAAGCGACAUGGAAUAGUUACUGGUACUGAAGGUACCGAAGGUUGGUUCACAGUUCACGCGGAAGUACCGUUAAACGAAAUGUUUGGUUAUGCAGGUGAAUUGCGUUCAAGUACGCAAGGCAAAGGAGAAUUCACAAUGGAAUAUUCAAGGUAUUCGCCUUGCUUACCAGAAGUACAAGAGAAACUUAUUAUGGAAUAUGAAAAAUCCAUGGGAAUUGUAUCUGACAAGGAUAAGAAAAAGAAGAAGAAUUAACGGGAUGGUUCGUUUAGGAAAAAUUAUUUAUUGUCCAGUGUAAGUUAAAGAAUUUUUGAUAUGUUUGCAUAGAGCAUUGCAAAGCGUACCAAAACUCCAAACAUUGACACUGUUAGAUACUUCUGUCAGUAAAACGGUUUUUAUUUUUAUUUAUUUUCAAGCUGGUUAAAGUUACUUAAAGUUAACUUUAUUUGUCUUUUCUUCUAUGAUGUAAAAUAUAACGCAUUAUGCAAUGCAAAUAAAAAUAUCUGUCAAUGUUUGUAUACCAUAUACAUUGUAAGACUAAUUUUAUUUGUAAUCAGUUUUCAUAAUUAAAUACUGAAUGUUUGUGAAGCAUUGACAUGAGAUAAUAUAUUGACUUACAUAUUGUAAAUAAUAGAAAAUUGUGAUAUAAUUUUAAUAAAUUUUUUGUUAUA